GCGGUGUGGAGAAUGUGGUCGUCGAUGGACGGAUGAGGCUUUCGGAGUCAGUUCUCAAGCACGACGAGAUAGUUGGGCAAGGCCGUCGGUGUGUUCAUUUACGUUCUCUCUGGGAAGCGGGAAGCCGCUGUGUUCCAGUCGUCGUCGUUGUCGUCGCUGUCGUCGUCAGUGUCGUUGCCUUCUUAGUCGGUUACUCAAUGGGUAGGUCGACAAUCUUCGUCUAUGGUGGACGGGAGUCGUUGCUUUUUGCUUGUUCUAGCUUGUAAAGGCCGCCACCAGAAGGCCAGAGUGGGAAAGCCAAUAGUAGUUGAGCGUGGGAGAAGGGCCAAAAUCUCGAUUUCAAAGUAUUCUUGUUCAAGAAGAAGACUGCUGCUGUAUUUAGCUCCUGGGAUAUCAUCGUUCGUCCUACCACCACUGUGACUGUGCGUGUGAGGUGAGGGGAGUGAGAAUCUCGGGUUCUUUCUUCAUCCUAGUAAUCACCAUUGAGGUCCGUCAAUGAUUCUGGUGGUGGUGUUUCUCUCAAGCAUUCCAUUGUCAUCUUCAUUUCCAACACCCAACUCCCCAUCAGCAUCGUCAACGUUGGCAUCGUCUUCGGUCCCGGGAGAAACCAAGACAACGAGGUCAUGAGUUGUCACUGGCGUGGAGGCAACUUCAGACGGGGCUGAGCCCUGUGGGGGAGUCCUACCAUGCCACUAGCAACUCAUUUCAUAGGACGUGUGACGUGUUCGGACAAAGAAACCAUUGAAUAAUAAUGCCUACAACUGUGCCCGUGAGCCCUUUGCAGCGUGUCACAACCCAACAACAGCAACAACAGCAACAACUCAAGCACUGUUGUAGUUGUUGCCAUCCCCGCAUUCCUCCGCCCUGCCAUAACCACAGUCAGCUCCACUACCAGCCUCACCACCACCACCACCACCAAACCCAACAGCCAGAUCAGCAGACAUGGCCGGGCAUCAUGCCGCAUCAGGCACGACCUUAGGCACCCUCGACUUCAAUGGGGGUCGUUUCGACUUUGACGAUGGCGGCACGUAUUGUGGUGGCUGGGAGGACGGCAAGGCUCAUGGUCAUGGGGUGUGCACGGGCCCCAAGGGCCAGGGUGAAUUUGCCGGCUCAUGGCACUACGGGUUCGAGGUGUCGGGAGUGUACACAUGGCCAAGUGGGAGCACGUUUGAAGGCCAUUGGCAAAACGGAAAACGACAUGGUCUAGGUGUCGAAGCACGUGGUCGAUGGCUUUACCGAGGCGAAUGGACGCAAGGUUUCAAGGGUCGUUAUGGGGUUCGCCAAUCCACAUUGUCCGGGGCCAAAUACGAGGGCACUUGGGCCAACGGACUUCAAGAUGGAUACGGUUCAGAGACCUAUGCCGACCAAGGAACAUAUCAGGGCCAAUGGCUCCGAGGCAUGCGCCAUGGUUAUGGCGUGAGAACCAGUGCCCCGUAUGGCGUGGCAUCUCACACGCCGGCUGGUCUCGAGGACAUGCGAGGUUCGGAAACAUCGUUGAAUAAGCCCGCGGGAGAAAACUCCCUGCAAGGACCCAAACGAAGCAACGAUAGUGAGGUCCGCGGAGGGUUCGUCCUUCGGACCCGCAGUGAUGAGGUGCCUCAUAGGCGAAGAUCCCUGGUGGAACGGAGCGGAAUGAAGACCUUUGUCCAGGGCCUGAAGCUCAAGAAACAGAGGAGCACCGGCGACUUGGACCGAAAAGGUGUCUCAGGGAUUCGAUCGGCUGGCAGCACCACCUCGUGGAUGAGCUCGGAGUCGGGCUACACUGGCGCCCCUUCGGUCAUGUCGGACGGAUCAAAUCAGAGUUUCAUUCUUGAGGAUGAGCAUCUGGAUGCAAGUGUCACCGAGACGUACAUGGGUGAAUGGAAGAAUGACAAGCGAGCCGGAUUUGGAAUCAGUGAGCGUUCCGAUGGCCUCAAAUAUGAGGGUGAAUGGUACAACAACCGAAAAUACGGCUACGGAGUGACUACCUUCCGGGAUGGAAAAAAGGAGGAAGGGAAAUAUAAGAACAACAUCUUGAUCACGUCCAAUCAGAGGCGCCACCUAUUCCUCAUUCGCUCGGCCAAGUUCCGCGAGCGUAUUGACUCAGCCUUGAAUGCAGCUCAAAGAGCAGCCAAAAUUGCCUUGCAGAAAGCAGAUAUCGCUAUUUCCAGGACGGCGACCGCCCGGGGCAAAGCCGAACAAGCCGAUAUCGCCGCCACCCACGCCAGGGAAGACGCCGAACACGCCGUUGUAUGUGCCAAACAAUAUCAAGAAGAAAUUGAUAAAGUCAAUGUGGAUCCGAAUCAAAAGCCUUUCUCAGAGCCCUCAACCCAAGAUAUUUCAAAUGUCCAGGCUCGAAUAGGAAACAAUACUUUCAGCAAGCCCUCCACAAUUAGCUUCAACGAGAAGAACCCCUCAGUUUUUAGUAACAAAAGUCAACCUAAUUCACCCGUGUCCCACCUUAGCAAUCCUGCCCUACCCUUGUUCAACAAGCCCCAUGUGACUGUCCAACUCCCCGAAGAUGACCCCUAUGCGACAGAGGGCUCAUUUUCGGCCCACAAUCCUCCCAACCGCUCCUCCACCAUUUCGAAGCCUUCCCUUGGGGGCCUUAGCAAGGCGUCCACGAGCUCCUUCGGAAAUCCUUCCAAAAGCACCCCAGAUGAACGUCAAGCUUUGGGCGGCUCCAGAAAACCUCCGUCCGCUCUUGACCAAGGCGAGAAUCGCAGUUUUUCCACUCAAGAAUCCUUCGAGAGAGCAAAUCCAGCCAAAAGCACCGCCCCUCUCGGGCACAAGCCCAGCAUGGGAUUUAAUCCAUCUACUCCUUCCAACAACCUGUCCAAUGCUGACAAGACCAAUAACGUUAGGAACUCCAAAACCAUUGGGGGAGGUAGUAGUAGUGGAGAAGGAGGAGGAGGAGGAGGCAGUGGUAGCGGCGGCAACCAAGACCAUCCGACCGCUCUUGGAGGCCUUGCUAACUCUCUCAAAUUCCCUUCUUCUUCGUCUGCCUUCCAAGGCACAACCAAUUGUGAUAUUUCGUCCCGGAUGGAUGGCCUCCAAUCCAACAACAAUAAUAAUAAUAAUAUUAACAAUAGUAACAACCCCGGCGGCAACACCAGCUUUCCAGCUGCCCAACAGAGGAACUCGCAAAAGAGAAUCGAUAGUAUUGAGCCGAAGUUUGUUCACAAGGAGUCCAACAGCAGUACCGGAGGAGGAGGAGCAGGAGGAGCAGGAGCAGGAGGAGGAACCACCAGUGGAAAUCGUAUGAUGCAGAUGAUGAUGCAGCAACAGCAGCAACAACAACAACCGCGGAACUUCCACUCCUCCGGUGGGGGAGGAAGGGCAAGGGGAGGAGGCGGAGCAGGAGGCGAAUAUAACUUCCAGAAAAUCAUGGAUGAUCACUUCGAACACUACCGGAAACCCCCGUCUCGACCGCCAAGUCGGGAGGCCUCCGUGGACCGCCUUCCUCAAGUCCUCUCAGAGGCCCGCCACACCUCCAGAGCCCCUAGCAGAGCCAAUAGCCGUGCCAAUAGUCGAGCCAACAGCCGACCCUCAUCCAGGUUGAGUGGUCACCAAGGAGGAGGCGGUCUCACGGCCAGUGGCAGUGGGACCCUCGAGAGCCAACCCCUCAAUGGAGACCUACACCGCCAUCAGCCAGGUUCGCGGGAUUCUUCCGUCCAAAUGAGAUAUCGCGGACCUUCCCAAGAGAUCCAUAAUACAGGCGCCAUUCCAAAGAGGACCGAGUCCCUUUACAUGAAAAUAUCCGACGAAGAUUCUGGAAAGAACAAAGACUCUUCGGUGCAACUCCAAAGAAAGAAGAGCCUUCCUGACGUUCAAGAUAUCGUCCAAGUGACCGCUUCUCAAGGUUCCAAAGAGAUGACCCGUGAGGAGAUCAGCGCCCUCUCAUCUUCGAGACGGGAAGCUGUUCGCCGGGACAUGGUGGAGUCUGCCAAAUACCAAAACAACCCUUUGAUGUACAUUAUAGGCCCCAGAGUACAGGAAUGGUUUCAACGUCAACAAAUUAUGUUGUUGGUUUUGUUUGUUAAUUUGUCAUUAGCUUUUAUGUUUUUUAAACUCCUGACCUGAUUGAAUAAAGGCUCUAUUUUGUACGUUGAAA